AUGGUGGGAAAUUUUUUUAAAUUCCCGCAUUAUUUUUCAUUUCUUUCUCAAUACAAUUUAGAGAAAAGAAACCCUAUUUUCUCAAACCCCUUUCAUCUUUCUCUCACCCUUUCUGAUCACCUUCUUCUCCCAAAAGUAAUUUUCAACCGCAACCUCUCUCAACCUCUCACACUCUUACAUUCAGUGUCUCUCACCCUCUGCUGCUCUUACGCCUCUCUAACGUUUCCGUCAUCAAAGUAUUUCCCGGAUAAGGAUUUCAAGGGCUUAACUUAUGAAUAUAGACACCAAAGGGAUUUGAAGGAUCUUUUGCAGAAGUUGCAUCCUCGGCCAAGAUUGGUACAACAAAGAAUGAUGUUGGCGCCUAUCGGAGUGCCUGUGGUGGUCAUGAAGUUCGUUGCUCUGCUUCUUAUGGUUGGAGUUGGGUAUUUGUACUUUGAGUUAUACAUGUAAAUUUGCAUAGAUCAGAGUAUCUAUAUUUGUGUUAUAUAUAUAUACUGAAUAUUGUAAAAUUAUAUAGAUUUAAGUUUGAUUUUUCACAGAUUUAAAUAUUGUAAAUUUAUUGAUAUAUAUUGGUGAUGUUAAGUGUAUUUUAUUUA